AGCCUUGCAGGAGGAGCGAGCGUCCCGGUGCUGGGUGGGAGGUGGAACAGGUCGGACAAAGCACUGGCGUCGGGACCUUUCGGAACCUAUCUGCUUAACUUUUUAAGCAAUUAAUGGAUGCUUGGAAGUUGACAUACAAAUCUAUUCAGAAAUGUUUUGCCACCUGAGACCUGUGAGGAGGUUAUUUCUAGAGAAGAUAUUUCCACACUGGUUUCUCUACUCAAGAGCAUUAUCAGGAGCUGAAGCAGUCAAUGCCUUGAGGCCUUUCUAUUUUGCAGUACAUCCAGAUUUCUUUGGACAGCACCCCAGAGAAAGGGAAGUCAAUGAAAAUUCUCUUAAGAGGUUAAGUGCCUACUUAGAAAACCUCCAGAAACCAGGCUUCAAGUCUUUGAAACCAACUCAGCUUACAUUUUAUAUAAGAGAAACAGACCAGAAUUCCUCUGGUGGCCAGGAACCUUUUAGUACUUACGGAUUUCGAGCAGUCAAAUUUACUUUGCACACCAGAGAUCUGCUAAGCACAGUAUUAUAUAUUCUCAACUCCUGCAGUUUAUCUACUGAACAUAUCCAAAGCUUGAAUACUAAUGUGCAUUCCCAGUCUCUCAAAGAAGCUAAAAAGAUGUCCAACAGGCCCAUCAAAUGGGACAAGUCUUAUUACUCCUUUACUGGAUUCAAGGACCCUGAGGAAGACCUUGAACAAGUCUCAAGAAUGGAAACAACUCUAACAUCCUGGUUAGAUAACAAUGGAAAAAGUGCUGUGAAAAAGCUGAAGAAUAGUUUGCCGCUUAGAAAAGACCUAGAUCGUUUAAAAGAUGAACUGUCUCAUCAGUUACAGCUCUCAGAUAUCAGGUGGCAGAGAAGCUGGGGUAUCGCCCACCGCUGCAGCCAGCUACAUAGUCUAGGCCGCCUGGCACAGCAGAAUUUGGAAACACUUAAAAAAGCAAAAGGCUGCACGAUCAUAUUUACAGACCGUUCUGGCAUGAGUGCCGUGGGCCAUGUGAUGCUAGGAACAAUGGAUGUCCAUCAUCACUGGACAAAACUUUUUGAAAGAUUGCCAAGUUAUUUUGACCUUCAGAGGAGGCUGAUACUUUUAGAAGACCAAAUAAGCUAUCUUUUAGGUGGCAUACAAGUUGUUUAUAUUGAAGAAUUACAGCCAGUAUUGACACUUGAAGAAUAUUACUCUCUUCUUGACGUGUUCUAUAAUAGACUGCUAGAAAGUAGAAUACCUUUUCACCCUCGAAGUCUGCGUGGCUUACAAAUGAUGCUUAACAGUGACAGAUAUGCUCCAAGCUUGCAUGAACUCGGGCAUUUUAACAUCCCAACACUGUGUGAUCCAGUAAAUCUCCAAUGGUUUAUUCUCACCAGAGCCCAGCAGGCAAGAGAGAACAUAAAGAGGAAGGAAGAGUUAAAGGUUAUUGAAAAUGAAUUGAUACAGGCUUCAACAAAGAAAUUUUCUCUGGAGAAGUUAUAUAAGGAGCCCAGCAUUUCUAGUAAACAAAUGGUGGAUUGUUGUAAGAGACUUCUAGAACAAUCACUGCCUUAUCUACAUGGGAUGCACCUCUGCGUUUCACAUUUUUACUCUGUUAUGCAAGAUGGAGACCUUUGUAUUCCUUGGAAUUGGAAAAAUGGAGAAGCUGUAAAAUAACACAGAAAUCUUUCAUUUUUUAAAGAGAUAAGGAACUGUUAAACUAAGCUUAUUUAAUAUCACAAUUUGAAAUAACAGUAUUAUUUACAUAUUACAAGAACAAAGUUUCUAAAUGCUGCUUUAAAAGUAAACAUUUGUAAAAAAAUAAUUUCUGCUGGGAAACUUGUUUUAAAAGGGCUUUAUGUCCCAGAUAAAAUUGUGAUAUUGAUUGGCAAGAUGAGGCAAAAGGAUGUUACAGUGAAAGAACAUAUUUUUAGUAAUAUGUAAAUGAAGGAUUCUGCAGGAGUCAUGUUUUUACGUGAGUGAAUGUUGGUUGGGGGCUGAACAAGUGUGUGUGUGUGAGUAUAAACAGGUCUCAUAUUCGGUGUAGCUCUGAAGUAAUGGGACUCAUCUCUACAUGUAACACAAUUCAACAUGCAUCUUUUACAUCUCAUGGAUAUAUAUACACACACAUACUUUGUAAACAAAAGCCCAGUUGAUAUCUAAAACAGGUGACUAAUAGGUAGCAAAAGAUAGAUAACCAAAUUUUGCCUGAGGGAGAGUAGAAGGAAAAAAAGCUAUUGAAUACAUGGUAAUGACUUUGUCAUCAGCAGUCUGAUACCAGUUUAUUAAAACAUCUUCAGUGACAGAGAAUUUAGUUUUAAACCCACAAUUUCUCCUAUCCAUGAAAAAAUUGUAACUGUUGAUAGCAUGAAACCAACAGACAGGAAAUGUUUUUGAAUCAUUUAAUGAGGUGACUCAUUUGUUUUCACAGGCAAUCACUGUCCAGGAAAAUCCUUGCCUAUUUCCCAAAGAGCCCUAGGAAGUAGAGUCAAGUGUAAAGUGGUUUAGACCAUUCAGGAUUUCUGUCCCUGCUCUCAGCCUUGAUCCUCCUGUUCAGUGUUUGAAACUCUUUUGUUAGCUCUGGCCUGGUUAAAGCCCCUGUGAGUCACCUCAUGUUCGUAGUGACACAGUUUAACCCCAGGUGGUUUAUGGUGUCCCCAGCAAAGUUGAGAGACCUGUCUCCAAACUCGGUGCUUCUCUCUGUGCAGAUUACCCUAAGGUUCCUUAGGGUGAUAUUUUUAACUAGAUCCAAAACCCCUUCAGCUCAUUUCUCAAGAAGACAAGGUGAAUUUUGGUUUGGGACACCACUUUUGUGGCUCUUGCUGCUAAAGAGAUCAGAAAGAAAUUUUUUCUGCAGUGCAUUAGAAAGUAAAGGAGAUGUUAAAGUCGGUUCUUGAAAUAUGUUUUAAAUUUUUCUAAAACACAGAUUAUUUAAGCAGUUUAAAUUCAAAUGAAUUCAAAAGAAAUAUUUAUUUGUAAUUAUUAUAGUUUGUGCAUAUCGUCCCUUUUAACUUGUGCGUAGCAAUUAUACAGAUGCUCUUCAAGUUACGGUGGGGUUAUGUCCAAGUAAACCCAUUGUAAGUUGAAGAUAUUGUAAGUUAAAAAUGUGUUUGAUAUGCCUAAUCUACUGAACGUCAUAGCUUAGCCUGGCCUCCCUCAAACAUGCUCAGAACACUUAGAUCAGCCUGCAGUUAGGCAAAAUCUUCUAACAGAAAGCCUAUUUUAUAAUAAAGUGGUGAAUGUCUCAUGUAAUUUAUUGAAUACUGUACUUUAUGUCAAAAUUGUAACAAUUUUGCACCAUCGUAAAUUUGAAAAAUCCUAAAUGGAACCAUCUUAGGUGGAGGACUGUCUGUACUUAAAUUUUGUUUUCUAAUGUAACAAAUGUUGCCCGUAAAGAUUUUCCACAGCCAUGUAAUGGGAAUGAAAAAUUCCUUAAAGGUUAUAUAAGAAAAUUUAUUGGAAAACUAGGUUUGGAUUAUACCAUUUCUAAA